ACAAUCAAUGAAAGUAUCAAAACAUAGCAAUGCUUUUCAAUUGAAUCGACAAAACAUUUGAAUUAAAUAUAAUUAAAGCAAUGAUUUUAAAGCCGUGUUUGCGGUCAUUGAGUGCAUUGAAAACAAGCAUAAGUUGGACACAACAUCGGGCCAUAAAUAUUGGCCAAAAUGACAAACGAAUUGUUCAACAAUUAAUAAAAGAUGAAGACGAGGACAACUCGUUGAUCAAAGUGACCAAAUUGUUUAAUCGGGUCAACGAUGUUAUUAUUGACGAAAAAUGUGGCCAAAACUUUGCGGUCGUCCAUGUGUUUGGUCGCCAACAUGUUGUCCACAUGAAUGACAUCAUUAGUUAUCGUAACAGCUUUGAGGCUAAAGUCGGCGAAAUCAUCAAACUUGAGAAAUGUCUUUUAGUCGGUAACAACACGUUUACACUUAUUGGUAGACCACUGCUGUCCCGCGAUUUAGUCCAAAUUGAGGCCACAGUUCUCGAGAAGACAAUGACACACACGUAUUACAACGUUAAGUCCAUUCCCCGAAACCACGGCUACCGACGAUGGCGUUUCCAACGAUACCCGUUGACAAUGCUUCGCAUUAAUCGCAUCGAUAUCUGCCAUCAACUCAACCAAACUCAACAAAUUGUCAAUUAAUUGUUAAAUACUUAUGAAAAUUAAAUGUUUUUAUUAAUCACUUAACAGUAGUAUUGUAACGAUAUUGGGUUUACAUUAUAUCAUAACAGUUAUAAUAAUUUAC